CAAUCAAACAUCCCAAAGUUGAUUUUUAUCACUUUGACGAAAAUAUCCUCUUGUUGUGAGCACUCUUCUUAUAAACAAAAUUAACAACUUUCUCUUUCUUUCUCACAUUCUUCCCUACUUGUUACAAUCUUAUAUCUUUCCUUAUUUCCAACUAUCGAACUAUGGAAGUCGUUCUUCAGCCUGUCGUCUCCGAACUCGUUAAGAGGUUGUUUAAGAUAUUGGAGUCCAGUGAAGUGAAGGACUUUGCCCGGCAACUUGUUGGAGGGGUAGAUUCAGAGAUCAAAGAUCUGAAGGACAAGUUAAGACUCAUUGGAAAUCUUCUUGGCAAAAUGGAAGACAUGCAACUGUCAGAUGAUAGCUUAAAGAUCUGGUUUGACAAUCUUCAACAUUGGGCUUAUGAUGCGGAGGACUUACUGGAUGAGUUUGCCUACGAAGCUUUGCGACACAAACGCAAGGCAGAACACCAGGCUAGCUCCAGCAGGCGAUUUAGCUCUCUCCCUGCUUCUUUCUCUAGUCCUUUGUUCGCUGUCCAGAUGGGGUCCAAGAUCAAAAAAAUCAAUAGCCGGUUGGAAAAACUUCGCCAACAAAGAUCAGCAGAACAUGAAUUUCAAAAGCUUCCUGGACUGCCACCAACUGACGUCGCUGCACCACAAAAACCAGGGGAAACUUCAAGCCUCCCACUCGGACAAGUUUAUGGCAGAAACGAAGAUGAAACCGAACUACUGAAAAUGGUGAAAAGCGGUACCAACUUUCAAGUAAUAGCAGUUGUCGGCAUGGGAGGGAUCGGCAAAACGACAAUUGCUCGGGCUGUGUUCAAUCACAAGGAAUUGGAAGAUUUCAAGUUUGAGAAAAAAGCGUGGGUGUGUGUUUCAAGCACAACCACCUUUGACGUUCUCAACAUCUCAAAGGCACUUCUUGAGAAAUUCUCGUCCUCUGUUUCAAAUAAUUUAGAUAAAGUGCAACGUAAUCUAGAAGAUGAAGUAAGGGGAAAAAAAUUCGUGAUAGUAUUAGAUGAUAUUUGGAUGGUGGAGUACGAUGAAUGGGAAAAGCUCAUGUCUCCUUUCACAGAUGGUGCACCUGGAAGCGUGAUGAUCGUGACAACACGCGAUGCAGAUGUUGCACGAAAAAUAAGAUGCGCUCAUACUUAUCGAUUAAGGCCUUUAUCCAACCAAGCUUGUGAGUCCUUGUUUAAGGAGCAUGCAUUCGGGACUGGUGCAGCUGCUGUUCCUAAUCAAAUUUCGGAUUCAAUUUACAAGAGAGUUGUUGAAAGGUGUGGCGGUCUACCACUGGCAGCAAGGACCCUCGGUAGUCUUCUACGCUUUAAGCCUAGCGAUACAUGGGAUAAUAUAUUGGAAAGCAAAAUAUGGAGGACAUCUAAUGAAAGUGAUCACGUUCUCCCAGCAUUAAAGCUAAGCUAUUAUUAUCUUCCUUCCAAUCUAAAAAGAUGUUUUGGCUAUUGCUCAAUUUUUCCUCAGGAUUACGAAUUUGAGGAGAAGGAACUUGCACUUUUAUGGAUUGCUGAAGGUAUUGUUCAACCAUCUGAGAAGCAACUAGAUGAGGCAAGUGAGUGUUUUCAUAAAUUAUGUUUAUGGUCGCUUUUCCAACAAUUAAGUAGCGAUAGUUCUAAAUAUGUUAUGCAUGAUCUUGUUCAUGAUCUUGCUCGAUGGGCUUUUGAAGGAAUCGGUUUUAGAUCUGAGCAAAAUAUUGUUGAGCCAUCAAAAAAUUUUGAAAAAGUUCGUCACUUUGCUUAUGAACCUGAUCGUUGCACUAAAAUAAAUAAAUUUAAAGCUUUGGAAAAAGCAAAAAGUCUAAGAACAUUUUUGCACGUGAGACAACGAUGGUGUAGUUUUAUAAGUGCUAUAGUUAUUUCUGAUUUGUUGCCAAAGUUAAAAAUGUUGAGAGUACUAUCUUUUAAAGGAUAUCGAAUCUUUUAUUUACCUGAUUUAAUUGAAAAUAUGAUACAUUUAAGGUAUCUGAACUUUUCUAAUACUAAGAUAAGAAGUUUGCCUGAGUCAACAUACCAAUUAUUUAACUUGCAAACUUUGCUAUUGAAAGAUUGUUUUGAUCUCGUGAAGUUACCUUCCAAAAUGAGAUAUUUGACUAAUCUUUGUCAUCUUGAUAUUAGUGGUCGAAAUUCAUUGAGAGAGAUGCCAUAUGAAAUGAAAAAGUUGAAAAAUCUUCAAGUGUUGUCUAAUUUUAUUGUGGGAAAGGAUACACGUUCUUAUUUGGAAGAUUUGAGGAGUUUAAGUUUUCUUCGAGAGCUUCACAUUUCAGAAUUACAGAAUGUGACAGAUCUAAAUCACAUAAAAGAGCAAAUACUAAGCAAUAAGAGCAAACUAAAAGUGUUGAUACUAGAAUGGAGAGAUCAAGUAAACUCACAGGCAACAGAUGUAGAAAUGAAUCUACUUGACAAGCUAAAGCCUCCUAUCAAUUUAAGAGAACUCACAAUCAGAGGCUAUGGUGGUGAAAGUUUUCCAUCUUGGUUGAGAGAUUUGUCAUGGCUCUCUAAUUUGCGUGUGUUUACUAUUGAAAAAUGUCCCCAACUUAUUGGAGAAGUUCCUAAUUAUUUUUCUUCAUUAGAAAGAUUUGUUAUUAAGUAUUGUCCAAGGUUGGUGGUCUCAUCAUCAAAUUAUCCUAUAGGUUGCAAAUUAGAAAUUAAUGAUUGUAAAGGAAUGGUAUGUAAUGAUGGUUCAAUUGAUUUUGAGAAUUUGAAUUCUAGUUAUCUUGCAAAUAUUCCUGGGGUUGAAGAUAAAUUAAAAAAAGGUUCUCAAAGAGUAGACCAUUUGCAAAUUUUUCGUAAUGAAAAGAUUAUGGAAUCAUGGCAAAGUUUGGAAAACACCAAUUUUCUUUCCAAUAUAAAUUUUCUUGAGAUUUAUGGGUGUCAUAAUCUAAGAUCUAUUGGAAAGGGCAUGCUACCAUCAUCUCUGGAAGAAUUUAAUAUUAAUUCCUGUCAGAGUCUAACAUUCGUUGAUAACGAUGCCUUACCUUUAUCUCUAAAAAGGCUUACGAUUAGACAUUGUGGAGAACUGAAAUUUUUGAGGGAUUUAAGUGUUUGUUCUCUUAUUGAGUUCAUAAAUAUUAAUUUCUGUAAAUCUCUCAAGUGCAUAUCAUUAGAUGGUCCGUUGCCUGAGACACUCAACCAACUAUUUGUUUCAUAUUGCGAAGCACUGGAAACAUUAUCAUCUCGUAGAAAUGAGUACCUCCCUGAGGCACUUACAUCCAUCGAUAUCUGCAGUUGUGAAGAGCUAAAGUCAAUUGCUGAGUCGUUUGAUAAUAGCACGUGUCUUAAAAAUAUUACUUUAUAUAGUUGCAAAAAUCUUGAAUCCUUACCUUCAGGUCUACACCAUCUUCCUUGCCUUGAGUUUAUUGAAAUAGAUUUAUGUCCAAAAUUGUCGGUGAGAGAAGGUGUUCCCACCAGCCUUAGACAACUCUUAAUCAAUGAAUGUGAAGAUGGCAAGGGAAUGGGAAUGCUCGCCUCUCUAAAACGGUUGACCAUCUGGGGCCUCCCACAACUUAAAUCUAUCUCAGACCUCACCAAUCUCACCUCUCUAAAAGAGUUGACCAUCCAGAGCCUCCCACAACUUAAAUCUAUCUCAGACCUCACCAAUCUCACCUCUCUAAAAUACUUGUGUAUCGGAGAACUCCCUCAGCUUGAACUAAUUCCAAAUCUCAGCGGCCUCACCUCUCUUAAAUCAUUGAUGAUCGAUAGUCUCCCACAGCUUGAAUCAAUCUCAGAUCUGAGCAACCUCACCUCUCUUCGAUGGUUGGAGAUCGCUGGUUUCCCACAGCUUGAAUCAAUCCAAGAUCUGAGCAACCUCACCUCUCUUGAAGAUUUACAAAUUUCCAAAUGCCCAAAACUCAGAUCCCUGCAAACCCUGCCAUCCUCACUUCAGUCUUUACAAAUUACAGAUUGUCCACUGCUUAUAAAACGAUGGAAAAGUGUUACGGGAAAAUAUUCCUCAAAGAUUGCUCAAAUUCCUUGUGUUGAAAUAGAUGGAAAAUUCAUCUACAAUUCAAAGGAGGUAUCAUAGAGUUGAUUAAUCAAAGGUGAUGGUCAACAAGAAUCUCUCAAUUGUUGUUUGUCCAGCGCAGGAAUAUUCCAAUUUUUGGAUUUAUUAAUUCAAUUUUUUGUGAGUUUUGAAUUCAGGAAGGAACAUUUAGAGGCAGAAGUUGAAAUAUAUUCCAUUGAAUUGAUUUGAAGCUUAUCUCUUUCAAUUUAGGACUGCUAUGCUUAGAUUCAAUAUUGCAGAAAUCAUCGAAAAUGCUUAAAAUGAUCCCAAAUCAUUUCUGUUCUGCACAUCUAAUUACACAUUUUCUAUCUUACUCUUGGGUUUAUAUAUGGAGUCUACCAAUUGAUGAGAGCAAAACCGAGUAAUGGACUUCUAUAAAUCUUGCUGAAGUAGAGCAACUAGUAAAUUUUCACCUUAUGCAAGCAUGUGAUAAAUUCUUUCUGAAUUUUUGUUUCCUCUUAUGUAGACACUUAUUAUUUCAAUUUCUGAGAGGGUCGUUGAAUACAGAUUAGAUGAUAUUAUUGUUUAAUUUGUAUGAGUUAAGAGAUUUGAUGCAAAUUUGAUAAUUUUGGCUUUUAUUUCUAAGCUUCUACAAUUCAGAGUAGGAAUGUGUGGAGCUAUUUUCAUUCUCAAAUUAAAUAAAAGAUUUAUAACUUGAUUUCUUUUGGUUUUAGGUUUGUCAGUACUUUUAAUAUCUAAACCAUUCUACCAUUUUUAUUUUUACUUUUUGUUGUUUUGAGAAAAACUCCUCUGUCCCAAGUUUAAACUUAACCAACUGUAUUUUUACUUUUAUUAGAUCAUUUAAUUAGAACAAAAUUUUGAGUUGUCAACAAGAUUUUCAGAUUGGAGGUUUACAAGCAAAAAGCAAGUUAAAAAUUGAAAGUGGUUCCUCUGUUCCAAAACUUCUCUACUUUGUCAUCUCAUAGAUUGUCUCAACUCUUGUGGUUCCAAGGUACCGCUGUCUCCAACUUAACACAAGAACUGUUAGAACCUAAAUCCUGGCAUGUCUAAGUUUCCCAGAUCUAAACUUACUGGUGUGCCUGCUUGCUGAAAUUACAAUACAGAGACUGUAUCUUCUAGCUGUUGCAACGGUUAAUCAAGCAGCAUUUUUCUGUUUGUGUGUAUGGUAUUUUUAUUGUUAUCUCAUUGUUUCUGUUUUGGGCAAAGAUAUAUUUUGAAAUGCAUCAUUAUUAAUCCAUGGUUUACUUUUUGUAGCUUAUUUAAGGAAUAAUUAUUUACUUUCUCUAUGCAAACAACACUAUGCAGGAUUCCCACACUUAAAUUAACAUUGCAGAGAUCAUGGUAGGGCUUAAAGUUUUGCUCCUCCAACUUCAUGUAAGCAUAUUUAAACUUUCAAAAAGAUCAAAAGUUAUUUCUGCUUCACACAUCUAAUUGCAUAUUAUGUUCCCUACUCUUGCAUUUGCAUAUAGAGUCCACCAGACGGUGAGAAAAAUGAAGUAAUGGACCUCUAUAUAUCCUGCUAAAGCAGUACAACCAGUCAAUGCUCAUAUAACAAAGCACAUGAGAUACUCUUUCUCGAUCCUUAUGGACCUCUAUAUAUCCUGCUAAAGUAGUACAACUAGUUGAUGCUCAUAUAACAAAGCGCAUGAGAUAUUCUUUCUUGAUUCUUUUACGUAGUCUUAUUCUUACAUGUUCCCACCAUCAUUACACUUUUAUUUCAGGAAAGCAUGUCUCCUUAAUUUGAAAGUUUUAAUAUUCAAGUUGAAUACUGAAAUAAUUUUGAGAUGAAAUUGACACAACUUCAAGAGAGUUUCAUGUUGCCUUUGAUAAAAGACUCGAAUAAGAUGUUCAACGUAUGACAUUUCUGCAAUAGCUUGUGAUCAAUCAGUUUCUAUGGUGGGGAGGAACAUUUAGGGGCAGAAGUUGAAAUAUUUUCCGUCUAAUUGAUUUGAAGCUUAUCUUGUGCAAUUUAGGACCCCUAUUUGUGUGGAUUUAGUGUUGUGAGAAUCAUUGGAAAGGCUUAAAAUUUUCCUCGUCUAACUUCAUAAAUAAAGAAAAGGGAAGACAUGGCAAGAAAUCUCCUGAAGCAAAUUGAUAAGAUUAAAACACAUUACAUCGCUUCAAAUAUUUGUGAUAUGGUUACAGGGUUUGAAAGUUAGGCACACAAACAGCAACAUGAUUGCAAAAAAGGGAGAAAAUAUAAAGAGUUUUGAAGAAUAAACCACUAGAUCAUUGCUUCACAAACUUGGGCCUCAUUGUAUCCCUAUGACAUCGUAAACUUAAUGUGAUGAUAAGAGGAAUGUGAUGUUGAUAGGGCAACAAUGUAGGUAAAGGAAAUCUACUGAAGCAGCAUAACAUCAGUUCCAAUCGUAGUAAGACAUUUCCAAAUGGAUAAAAAUUCUUGUAAAUUUUAAGAUUUUUGUGAUGAUGACAAAACUUAUAUCUUUUCAACAAGAUCAAAGAAAGCCAAAAAAAAAAAAAAAGACAGUUUAAAAUCUAAUCUCUUGAACUUGUGGAGAUCACAAAGUGUUAUCCACUUGUACAUUUUGUCAGAGAAGGUUUGUUUGGAUAUGAUGAUCCCAAGUUCUUACUAGAUAAUUUCUUAAUACAAAAACUCUCAAAGUUGUGUUUUUUAUGGUUGUUUGUCUAAUUUCAACUCAAAUAUUGAUAUAUAUCCUUUGUUAAUUAAAAGUUUGGAGAAAGAAAUGAAAGGAAAGUCAAAGUAGCUUCAACAAGAUAUAUGACAAGAAUUUUUCUGAAUAAACUGGAUAAGAUUAAAAGACUUGAUUCAUCCACUAUUUUAAUUGUAAGUUGUAACUCUAUUUGUUGUAUCGACUUUUUUACUUUCUCUUUCAGUUAUGUCAUUUUCAUAUUUUAUUUCUUUCUUUUGCAAAUGAUGAUCUAGGCACACAAUUGGAAAAAUUAAGUCACUAACAUCAAACAGCUAGUGACUUGAAGAAAAUCUAAAAACUGUUAAGGCCACAAACCACUAGAUCAUUGCAUCACAUACUUAGGGCUUCAUCAUGUCACCAUGUCAAAAAAUGCAGUUGCAGGGUGCUACAGACCUGGAGUUUUGCCUUGAAGCUGCUGUUCACCGAUGCUGGAUUAGUGGUAUCAGGGUGUUUGCUGGAGAUUUUAAUGUGUUUGGGGAUGAAAUAUAUGCUGAAGAUGUGGUGCUGGGUUGGCUUUUCCUUGCUGCUGCACUCCUCUUACUGGACUAAUACUGGAACAAGAAAUCUGGAAUUUAUGUUCCAAAAAGAACAUAAAUUCUUUGAUUGUGCGGUUAAUGUGAGACAAAUUUUUUCGUUCUUGAUUGUAUAGUGAAUUGAAGACAAUUUUUCGUCCUUGAUUAUGUAGUAAAUUGAGAACAAAUUUUUUUC